GGUUCAGUGGUGGUGCGUAUGUGCCUCGCGAGCGAGCGAGCGAGCGAGUGUUUGGUCCGCAACGUCGGCGGAGUUUUACGUUUUUGAGUGUGUGAAAUAAAAAUCCGUUAAAAAAUAAAUAACAUAAAAGACAACAAAUAUAUAUGUGCACGUGUAAAUCUCAAUGAUGUUACGUUCGUUCCAGAUGAAAGCAUCGCUGGGAAAAAUGUCGCGAAAAUGAACGAGUUCGUGAUGUUUUGAGGGGCCGGGGAGGGCCGAGAAGUGUAGAAGAGGGGAUGUAAAACCAAAUAUCUGAUCGAAUAGAAACGGGCGUGAUAUUGAAAUUAAAAAAAAACCAUAAAGAUAUUACAAAUUUGAUGUGACAAGGUUGUUGAAUUCCGACUGAGUUAAUCGCGAAACUUUUGCGAAUUGUUGCUCGUUAUUCAUUCGACCUGAAACGUAUUGAGGAAUGCCCGGAAUAAAAAGUUAUCAAAAAAAUCCAAUAAUAUUCCCAAAUUCUGGGAACUGAUUGAAGAACGAUAAAAAAUAUCGAGGCCCGGUCAUGAAUCAAAAAAGGGCGGGGAGGAUGGGCAAGGUACGCCGCAUCGGAAAUAGGAGAAAUGCUCUUGAAUUUUGAGAACCAUCCAUUGGAAAUUCAAGACUGGAAGAAAAAAAGGUUCAUUCGGGAUGCCGAAAAAUGUGUGCAACUCCAAAAUCGAUUGACAAUUAAUUCCCUAUUUAUCCUUAUCUAAUAAGAGUGUGAUAAAAUUUGUUGGAAUAUAUACAGGCAUCCAUGUUUUGCAUUUCGCUAGUUUUUUUUUCGGUCGUGAACGAAAAUACAGUUUUUAUCUAUUGUCAGUGAGUGCUCUCUGUGUGUUGUUUUUUUUACGUCGCAGCAAGUGUGAAACCAGAAAAACGUAUGAGCGCAUUGUGCAUUCUCGUUGAGUCGAGGAAAAAUUGAUAAAAAAUUUAGUACGCUUAUAGAAUAUUUAAAAUUAUCAACAUGCCGGGUUUAAUUGCGGUCAGUGAAUUCGUUGAGGAAACCAGGGAGGACUACAAUUCGCCGACGACGUCGACAUUCGUAUCGCGAAUGCCACAAUGCCGGCAAACCAUCGCAGCCCUCGAAGAAACCCUGGACUUCGACCGAGAUGGCCUGACGAAGCUGAAGAAAGCCAUCAAAGCGAUACACAAUUCGGGGAACGCCCACGUGGACAACGAGGUUUACCUCGGGCGAGCCCUGGAAAGACUCGGAGAUGCCGCCCUCAAGGAGCAGGAGCCCGACAUCGGUGCUGCCUUUCUCAAGUUCGCCGUAGUCACCAAAGAGCUCAGCGCUCUCAUGAAAACGCUGAUGCAAAAUAUAAACAACAUCGUCAUGUUCCCACUGGACUCGGUGCUGAAAGGGGAUUUGAGAGGCGUCAAGGGCGACCUGAAAAGGCCGUUUGAAAAAGCAUGGAAAGAUUACGAGACCAAGUACGCGAAAAUCGAAAAGGAAAAGAAGCAGCACGCGAAAGAGGCUGGCCUCAUUCGCUCGGAAGUUACACCCGCUGAAAUUGCUGACGAAAUGGAAAAGGAGAGACGGUUGUUUCAAUUACAGAUGUGCGAGUAUCUGAUUAAGGUCAACGAGAUCAAGACGAAAAAGGGUAUCGAACUUUUGCAGCAUCUCGUCGAGUAUUAUCACGCCCAAACCAAUUAUUUUCAAGAUGGCCUCAAAACAAUCGAACACUUUGGAUCCUACGUGGCUGAUUUGAGUGUCAAAUUACAAAAGAUUCGACAAAAUCAGGACGAAGAAAGGAGACGGUUAACGGAACUGCGAAGUUUGUUGAGGAGUUCCGGUUGUGACAAAGAAUUGAAUGCAAACGCGAGCGCGGGCUACUCGUUGCAUCAAUUGCAAGGUGACAAACAGCACGGUGUCACGAGAUCCGGGCAUUUGUUGAAAAAGAGCGAAGGCAAAAUGAGACGGGUUUGGCAAAAAAGAAGAUGCGCCGUACAAGCCGAGGGAUAUUUGGACAUUUGCCACGCCGACGAAAACAAACCACCGACUCGUGUCAAUUUAUUGACGUGUCAAAUCAAACUCGUACCCGAUGACAAGCGCGGCUUCGAUCUUAUUAGUUACAACAGAACUUAUCAUUUCCAAGCGGAAGACGAGGCUGACCAGAGAGCAUGGAUGUCGGUAUUAGUGAAUUGCAAAGAAAGAGCAUUGAUGCGGGCAUUUGACGCGAGCGGAAAAGCCGAAGCUGGUCAAGGCAAUCCUAGUCUAGUUGAACUUCAACAAGCUGUGAUACGUUGCAUCAUGAGACUUCCCGGCAACGAUCACUGCUGCGAUUGUUCCUCGCAAAAUGAUGCAACAUGGCUGUCGACGAAUUUCGGGAUAAUUGUGUGCAUCGAGUGCAGCGGUAUUCACAGGGAUUUAGGUGUUCACAUAUCAAGAAUACAAUCGUUGACGUUGGACAAUAUGGGAACCGCUCAAUUAUUGCUUGCGCGUUAUAUGACCAAUCAGUCAUUCAACGAAGUUAUGGAAGCGACUCUGCAUCACAAUCUAAAGCCUACUCCGUCCUCCACCAUGGACGAACGGUACGAGUUUAUACGAGCGAAAUACGUGGACAAAAGGUACGUAAUGAACACGUGUGCCGACGAGCACGAUCUUCUCUCGGAUCUCGAGCAUGCGGUAAACAAUCGUGAUUUGCAACAAUUGCUGCAAGUUUAUGCGGAAAACGUCGACGUUGCGGCGCCUCUUCCCACCUCGGAUAUUGGCGAAACGGCCUUGCAUCUGGCGGUAUUACGAGAAAUGGGAAGCAGCCUCCACAUUGUUGAUUUCCUUGCACAAAAUAUGCCAACCGGUGGAAUCGAUCGUACGAGCCUAGCCGGGGAAACUGCGCUUCAUCUUUCAGCACGACACGAUCGUGCCGAAGCAAUGAAAUUGCUCCUACGCGCUGGCGCUGACCCGACGCUGAGAAAUAAUCAAGACAAAACACCAUUGGAUAUUGCACAAGAAAUGGGACAUCACACGUGCAAAGAAUUGUUAAACAGUGCUCUGCAGAGGCAAAAAACACUUUUGGACAACGUCAACAUCGACUGGAAUCUGUCGCAUGACGAAGGAUCGACAGAUUUUUCGGAUGAUGAGACGAUAAUCGAGGAUCGAAAUGGAUGUUUGACGCCGGAAAAGAAGUCGCGUAGCAGACCACCUUCGUACGCCGGUGGGGGAGGAAACGGACCCGGUGAUUCGCCAAUUACCCUGAGAAGUCGUAGCAGCACUUGUGACAGUCUGCAAAGCGGUUCCUCGCCAAAUUCAGUCACCAACAGACAACAAAUGCCACCCCCACCACCGCCGCAAACUAGAAAACCUGUCAUCGCUUCUAGCUCGAUCGGGCCCGAUAUGUCGAUGAACAUUCACGGAUCGUUGAAGAAACGAGUAGCACCUCCGCCACCGCCGCCUGGCAAUGGAACGGGACUGUUAACCGCCCAUUAUGGAACUUUACCGUCCUCAGCUUCGUUGGUGAGUUCCUCCCACAGCAGAACGACGAGCGAGCCUAUUUUGGCUGGGCACUCGUUACACACCUUGCCACACUCGUUGAAUACCCUCGGCUCUCAACAUCACAAAAGAUCACCCAGCGGAGAUUCUUCCACCAGUCAUGGAAUGGACAAAGUUAACAGCUCGACUCUGCAGAGGCCACGAAACCCACCACCACCGGCGCCUUCGGUGCCAAGCUCGUCAAGACUGAGCAACGGUCGUAGCAGCGAAUCUUUGAGCUCCAUGUGUUCCGAUCAUGGUAUUGCCGGCAAUCCUAUACCUCCACCGAGAAAGAGAAGGGACCGGUCAAGACUAGAGAGCUACGCCGAGGAGCCUUCGUCUUUGCUCCCAAACACGAAUAUGCCAACGAGCUCGAACCUCAACGGUCUUCGUCGUUGUCGAGCGUUGUACGAUUGCGAAGCGGACAACGAGGAUGAGCUAUCGUUCCGCGAGGGUGAAGUUAUAAUCGUGACGAACGAGCAAACCGACGACGACAAUUGGAUGGAGGGCGCUCUGGAAAGAUCACCGGAGAGGCGGGGCAUGUUCCCGAUAAGUUUUGUUCAUAUGCUACAGGAAUAACCCUCGUUGAGUUUCAACUCACUCACGAGAACAACGAGUUCGACGAGUGUCGUCAGCGUUACCAGCCUCGGGCACCAAAACGGACGAAAAUUCCCCAAGUAAUGCGUGACCUGACCUCCUCCUUAAAUUAUAUACAUUUUUACGGACAUUUCCCAGGCGAAAUGGAAUACGAUCCGUCUUGGAUUACACAAGGACAUCGUUCGAGUGCACAAAAAAUUAUGAAAAUUUCUCUAUGCUCGAAAAAGUUUUCGUUCGGAUUUGAAUCCUGAGAAAAUAUUCUUUCAAAAAGUUAUGGAAAAUGGUGUCUUUGAAAUUAUUAAUAAAACAUCUUCUCGAAUGUCUAUUUAAAGAAAGAAUGGCUAUAAAAAUUCCAUAUACGUAAAUUUUAAGUACGAGCAUUAAAUUCAUGAUGAAACAUUUCGAAGUACAAGAAUUAAUAGGAAAGAAUGAGAAUUUUCGAGCCUAAGUACACGAGAUUCUGAACAGAGAUUCCAAACGUUAUGAAAAAUUUUGUCUGAAUAUGGCUUAAAUAAUUGUAUAUCUAGGAAUAAAAAAUCAAUUGAGUGUGCAAAUGUUUUCGAGAUUUUUCAGAAAAACAAACCGGAGGCUAAACAUUACUAUCGAGGAUCUUUUAGAACCCUCCCGGCAUCCAAAUGACUCCAAACGUCUAUCUAGAUUCUUACAAAAUUAAAACUUUUAUCUUUGGCCCUAUGGAGCAUAAAAAUGUUGCCUACAAGGCUCGGAAUCUUAUAAAAUAUUAGGGAUAUUUUCUAAAAAAAAGUAGUGCUUGAUAAAUCUAUUUAAAAAUACACACACACACACACACACACGCGCGCGCGCGCGCGCGCGCGCAAACCUUUAAAUAACAGACUAUUUUCAAAAAUAGAAGAAAGGGUGAAAAAUAUUGUGGACACAGGUUUCCAAACUUUUUGAAAAAACUUGCACUUUAGGAAUUUCCUCUCGGAGCUAUGAGAGACGCAGAGGUAAUGGAUGUCACAGACCGAGACGGGAAAUUAGUUCAGUUAGUGUAUACGAGUAACUUCAUUUUACACUGCGAUCUGAAUGUCUAAACACGGUUGUUAUUAUUCGUUGAUACACCGAACCGGAAAGCAAAAGAAGAAAAAAUGUGAUAAUCGAAAAUCUUCAUUUUUCACUUCUGGUUUUCGAAUCGAAUGGAAAAGUUACUAAUUACGAGAAUAUCGUAACGCGCCAUUUACGCUUAGUUAAUUCAUAAUUUCACAUAAACAAAUGAUACAGACACAUGCACCUGAAAAAAAAUCUAAAAUAAAAUUUUUGUAGUUUUUCGUGUGAAAAUGAAAUGGGAAAAUUUGGAUUGAUCGACGGCAUCAAGGGUAAAAGAAUAUUUCAAAAAGAGGAAAAAUAUAUCGUGAUUGAGACUUGGAAAUUUUAGAAUUGUAAACAGACCUAACAGAAAAAAAAAUUAUUCUCGCUGAGCAAAGGUGCGUUAAUAUUGCAUGACACACAAAAAUAAGUAUUAUUAGAAUAUUCGUAUAGAAAUAGACGAAGCAAAAGAUGUAUAGAUAAAAAAACAUAAGAAAAUCUUUGAAGCGUGUAAAUUUUUUUUGUAAUGCCAUACUGUUUUAUAGUACAUAUAGAUAGAUACAUAAUGAUAUAAAUAUAUAAAUAUAUUAAAAAUCCACACACACAUAUAUAAAUAUAUAUAUAUAUAUUUCGUCGAAUAAAUUAUAAGAUUUUAUUAGUCAUUUGGAAAAUCAUAGUUACGUUGAGGAAAAAAUUCAAAUCACAUUCGAAUUGGAAUGUUCGAGACCAAAGAAAAAAUCGAAAAGAAAACAUGAUGGAGGAAAAGCUCGAAAUUGUUAGUUCCAGUGUGUAAAUAGUUUGAAUGUAAAUAAAAAAAAAGAGGGUUGAGGGAGAAAAAAUUGAGAGGAGAAUGAAAAAGCGCAGAGAGAGAUCGAUGUUAAUGAUAAAUGAUUUAUUCAAUGAUCAAUAAUCUUAGAAUAAGAUUUUGAGAAAUGCGUUAGGAAAACGAACAUGUGAAUAUAUGUUGUAAUUUGAAAAACAUGCGAGACGGAAAUUAAAUAAAUUAAUUUUACGUAUUUAUUAAUUUAAUAUAAGAGAGAUUUUCCUGUCACGUGAUUGAGAAAGGAGCUGUCAUCAAAAUUAGAAGGAGUUUCUUAGGAAUUUUGAUGAGAAUUAAAAACUUCCUAAUUGGGAAAGUAAAAAAAAUGGAUAAACAUAAAUAAUAUAUUCAAUCUUUUUAUGUAACGAUGUUCUAUGAUAAUGAUUAUUUAUCGAAUCGCUUCAUUGGGGGGAGGAGGUGGCCAGUAAAAACCAAUUCAGAAUCCGUUGGAGUGAAAAUUCAAGUUUUGAAAUUUCGAAAACGAAAAUGUUACUCUUUGAUAAAUAUUGAGUUUUACUGGCACACAGAAUUUUGCCCUACAGUAGCGAAUAAAAAAAAGUCACUCGUCCUAGAACAACUUAAUGCUGAUUAUUCCGGCGUAAUAUUUAACCGAUAAGUAUUUGUACUACACGAAAAUUGAUUAUUCGUAUAUCGCUAUUUCAAUGAAAUAUGAGGGCAAAUCGUCAAAAGAUAAACCAAUAAUAACGAAAAAUCGACAAAUGAACAAUCUCACCGUUAAAUGAUGCACAAAGUGUUCCGGAGAACGAAAAAAUGAAAACAUAUUGAAUAUUUAAAAUACGAAAUAAAUGCUGCUUAGGGAGCUGUAUUCAUCAUUAA